UGCAUCCGCCCCAGUUCCGAGCCUUUCCACCCGUACACGUAACGUCUGGAUUAUAUCACGCAAGGUCGCCUCCGAGAAAGUCGGGUGGAUGUCACUGACUCGAUACAACGGCAUGCUGCGAGCUUCGUUUGCGUGCUGCCCUCCGGAAUCCACAAGUACAUAGUGCGGCCGGUAUGCUUUGCUAAAGCUCCGCUGUGAAGUUGUGAACUACGUGCCGCCUGCUUGACGUGGCUUCUUCAGACCCUCUCGGCUGCAGAGCGGACACGUCACAUGCCCCUUCCAGCACGGUGCCCUGGAACGGUGAUGAUAUCCCAGUUGGUCGGUAUGUUCUGCCCACCAAGCCUUCACGAAACUGUGCGGCACUAAAGCUUGACUGCGGUGAAGGAUGAAGACAUUCGUGCUUCUAAUUCUUCCCUUCCUUGUUAGCAGCGCUGGAAACGAUUGUAACGCCACUCUACCGUGGCUGGUAGAUCGUAGCAGACAUCCUCAGCUCACUGACGAUCAAGUAUCGAGACUUCUGCAGUGUUCAGAGAAUCUCAGCGGGUGCAGUGACACAUCGCCGUUUUGUUCCUGGACCUGUUCUUGCGCGGAUAAUUGCGUGGUGUACGGCGAUUGUUGUUGGAAAAAGGCCUCGACGCCGCUGGUUUCGAAGCCCCGCUCGUCCUGCACUAGUGUGAAUGUUGAGAAUAUCUUCGACGAGAGGUUUUACUUUGUUACUGGUUGCCGGAAAUCUUGGCCGCAAGACGAAGUGCGGGAUGGCUGCGAAAAUCAGGCAAGGUACAAAGACGCUUUCUACGAGACGCCUGUAACGAGUGUAAAUGGUGUGACGUACUACAAUGGAUUUUGUGCUCUCUGCAAUUACGAUAUGGAGAAUGUCACCUUUUGGAAUGUUUCAUGCGCCUCGUACGACAACGAGACAUGCAGCGAAGGCGAACGUCCGGUACAAGUCGUUUUACCCGGUGUCGUACUGGAUAAUUACAGCACCCAUCGUCAUCCUUGCAACGGACAUGUACAUUUCAUCGAGUCUUGCGACCAUGCCGUAAAUGCCGAUGUGGUUAGAAGAUGUCAAACGUACUUCGCUCCAGUGCAAAGUUAUCUCGGUGCAACCUACAAGAAUGUAUACUGUGCCUUGUGCAAUGGAGAAGAUCUCUCUACUGUGGAAUGUUCCCUGCCAUAUGCAGAAUACGACGACACCCUCCCGCAAGAGACGGCAGUGCACUUUUUAGGGCCAAAUUUAGUACAGCUGUUCCGACCGGUUUCAAGCCGUGAUGACUGUCGAGCUUGGCAAGGGAACAAGUGCUUCAUUCCCAAGAUUGACUACCGCUAUAACGAUUCCUCGGGUGCUGACAACGGCAGCGAUACUAAUGACACCACCGGUACCAGCACAAAACUGGCAUCUACAAAAGGAAACGUACAGAUCUACUUCACCGUAUUAUGUUUGAGCAUUUCGCUUCUGUGUCUGACCCUGAAGGCAUUAGUGUACGCCAUCUUCAAGGAAUCCCACGGGCUCUCAUCAAAGUGCGCGCUAUGCCUGUCUUGUACUCUAUUCUGCAGCCAUCUCCUCUUCUUACUUUCCAACUCUUUCCCCUUGCCAGGGUUACCCUGCAAAAUAUCGGCAAUGUUCUUGCACUUUGGCUUCUUAUCUGCUUUCUCGUGGACAACGGUGUUGUCCUUCGACAUCUGGAAGGGCGUUGCAGCCAUCAAGCUUUCCCGUGGCCGAAGACGAGCCUUCUCGCUCUAUUGUCUUCUAGCCUGGGGUCUGCCGCUGUGUCUUGUGCUGAUGUGUGUCGCAGUAGACUACGUGGUACCCUCGUUCUUACUCGCCCCGCGGUAUGGACAAGCAACCUGUUGGAUAUCGAGCAUCAGAGCUCAUGCUGUGGUCUUCUUAACGCCGAUAGCAUUGCUGCUUACCUUCAACGCAGUCUCCUACGCGCACAUCGUUAUCCACAUUCACAGAACAAAGAAGCAAGCUGCUGGAUUCGAUUUUCGUGUGGGAGGGCACGUGUCUCACAUGAGAGUGUACGUGAAGCUGGCGUUUAUUAUGGGAGCGACGUGGAUUAUAGGAUUCGCUUGCGUGUACAUAAAGUCGGCUGUCACGGACAUAAUAUUCAUCAUGCUCGUCGGUCUCCAGGGUGUUUACUUGUUCUUUGGGUUUAAGGACUACCGUUGGUUCACUGGCGCCCCACGGGGCCAGCGGAGCUUACCGCAAACCACAAGAACUUCCGAAAACGCCACGGCAUUGGAACUGUCACCCGUCCAAGGAAGGAGUGGAAAACGCACGUCCGAGUAGUCGUAAGUAUAGAUUCAGGUUUGCUCCUUGAAACUCUCUGGCUAUAAUUUUUAUAAUUUAUGCUAGCGAAACGAAAGUUGUUCUCAACAUGACAUGGUGCGAAGUAUAUAUGUAAGGGAAGAAGUAAGGUGCGAAAACUCAAUGCUUCUACAAUGUUUAAAAAAUGAUUUUCGGUGUGGGUGACCUAUGCGCGUAUAUAGACAU